UCUGACUUAACAAUCAUGACUUCAGCGGAUUAAACUCUACCGCUACGAAACGAAACGGGAUCAUCCCAACUGUUCACUCCCCGCACUUGCUUUGAAUGGCCGAAUAGUCGGUCACACUGUCUCAAAGUUAUUAUUGACUGGCAAACUACUACAAUACUUGCCCAUAUGCCCAUCUACGUAUUCUGGUAGUCCAGCUCUUCUCGUCCAAGCCACCUACUUAUCGGGUGAUCGAUCACCUGCCCAAACCCUGCGAUGAUUAGCUGCGUUCUUGGACUCUCCAACUUCGCCCGACAUUUCGUUAUCUCUCUACACAAGUCGGCGCACUUUCAAGAUACGGCUAGACGUGAUAUACUCUCCACGCCUUCUCGGGGCAUCUACAGCCUUCAGGCUCCUCACCGAGACAUAAAAAACCCGCCAUACCAAGGUGCCGCCCUACGUCUCCAGCAUCUGUGACCUACCCAGCUCCCGCCUCAACACACAAGUCUCAACCACGACCACAUCUCUACCCUCUCGAACCAGCUACCAGCCAUGCUUCCCCCCGAACCCCCAUCCUUUGCAACCUACCUCGUCUCCUCCCUCACCACCCUCCCCCGCCCCUUCCGCAAGCGUCACUCCUCAACCCCCAGCACCAGUUCCACCAGCUCCACCGCCACGGCACCUACGAUCUUCUCCCUAGCCACCAGCUUCGGAUCCCUCAACACCUCCCCCAGCACCUCUCUAACCUCACCCACCUCGCCGUCCUCCUUCAGCCACUCCCCAGAGAUCUACGACGUCGACCCAGACACAGACCCAACACAAACCUAUAAACUCCACUGCGCCCGCCCCGACCACCUCAAAUGCUCCACCUGCGCCACCGACCUCGCCUUCGCCUCCCAAAUCAUCAGCAAAGCCUUCACCGGCCGCCACGGCCGCGCGUACCUCGUCUCCCCGCCCGCCUCCCCCCGCGGAGCCGAUAAAAAUACACAGCCUAGCCUCAUCAAUAUCACGAUUGGCAGGCCUAUGAGCCGGCAGCUGGCGACGGGGGCGCAUGUGGUGGCGGAUAUCAGCUGUGCGAUUUGUGAGAAGGUGGUGGGGUGGAAGUAUGUUGAUGCGAGGGAGGAGGGGCAGAAGUACAAGGUGGGGAAGUUUAUAUUGGAGAUGAGGAGGGUAGUAGCUGUGAAGGGGUGGGAAGAUGUGGUUGUUGAGAGGGGGAGGAGGGGGGAGAUGGGAAGGGGCGAUGUUGUGGAGGGGGAGGGGGAUGGAGAGGAUGUGAUGUUUGAUUCGGAGGAUGAGGAUGAAUGUGAUGGGAUCUUUGCGGGGACCUGGGAUAGGGUUGCUGUGAGGAGGAGGAGGGCGAGGGCAGCGUCUGGGUAGAGGGGGGGAUGUUGAUAUGGAUUAACGACUACGUCGUACGGUAUGAUAGUGACGGUGGUGGGAGUAAUGGGGCUUUGUUUUGAGGACUGGAGCCUGGGAAUUGCUGGAGUACUGGUGGGCUGGAGUUUCUGUCAUACAUACCCGCUUCACUGUAAUUUAGAUGACGGUUACCUGGGGCUGGAGCCUCGGGUUUAAUAUAUAGGCA